AUGAUUGCUGCUACACCUGCGCUGCAUCUCUACCUGCAACGCAUGACCAUGUUGCAGCAUGCAGCAUCGUGUUGGGACGCGUCGGCUUCAGUCUCAAGUGUUGGAAGUUGUGCGCUUACAGCUGUAAGACUACCAAACUGUAUUUCCACGUCAUCACUCUCCUCGCUGCAACGGCCGUUGGCAGCAGGCGGUGUUGUGACCAGCGAAGCACAGAAUCGCUCUGCACAGAUCGCAUCGCGAAUUGCCUUGUUCUCAACUAUCGGACUCCGACGCAACGUGAUGUUACUACCUGCCCGGAAAAGAUCACUUUUAUAUAAAUUAUUAUUGCUAGUGCCAACUGUGUGGAUAUGUACAGUGAUAUAUUUUUCAAUCACCGAACGGUCAGCGGAUGUUGUGAGAGAAAAUGCUGCAUCGAAUAGUGCGCGAGCUGCUCUUCUUUUGAUGUUCUACAAGGAUUUAGCUGUUCAAAAGCGAGCUACUGUAAAUCAUAAGAUAACGGAAUCGGAAGGAUUUGGCCCACCUAUGCAUAUAGCUGAUAAAAAGGAAGAAGAAGAAAAGAAAAAAGAGGAAGAGGUGGGUGAUCGGAUGCCGGCUUUACCUAAACCAAAAUUUUUUGUCAAUACAUCGGAUCCCAUUUACAAAUCUGGUGAUCCAAAUCAAGAAGGUGAAAAGGGUAGGGCUGUGAACAUCGACAAAAACAAACUUACUCCGGAGCAAAAGAAGGCAUACGAUCAAGGCUUCCAGAAUAAUGCAUUCAAUCAGUAUGCGUCAGAUCUCAUCUCAAUACAUCGAACACUUCCGGAAGUCAUUGAUAAGGAAUGUCUGACGGAGAAAUACCUUGAUGAUUUACCUGAUACCUCUGUCGUUGUUUGUUUCCACAACGAAGCAUGGUCGGUACUUCUGCGUACAGUGCACUCGAUAAUAGAACGAACGCCGGAUAAGUUGCUCAAAGAAGUCAUCUUGGUCGACGAUUUCUCGGAUAUGGCACAUACGAAAGAACCGUUGUCAACCUAUAUGGCGCAGUUUCCAAAAGUAAAAAUUCUUCGAAUGGAAAAACGAGAAGGUCUCAUCCGUGCAAGGUUACGUGGUGCAGCAAUCGCUACGGGUAAAGUGCUGACAUAUCUGGAUUCACAUUGCGAAUGCAUGGAAGGCUGGAUAGAACCGCUAUUGGAUAGAAUCAAACGUGAUCCUACAACCGUUGUGUGUCCAGUGAUUGACGUCAUUGAUGAUCAGACAUUUGAAUAUCAUUACUCAAAGGCCUACUUUACCAACGUUGGUGGAUUUGACUGGGGUCUUCAGUUCAACUGGCACGCUAUCCCGGAACGAGAUAGAAAACUACGAUCAAGAGCUAUUGAUCCUGUUCGAUCACCAACUAUGGCUGGCGGUCUGUUUUCCAUCGAUAAAGCUUACUUCGAGAAGUUGGGAACGUAUGACCCUGGUUUUGAUAUCUGGGGUGGAGAGAAUCUAGAAUUGUCUUUCAAGAUCUGGAUGUGUGGAGGAACUUUAGAAAUUGUGCCGUGUUCGCACGUAGGACAUGUGUUCCGGAAACGGUCGCCGUAUAAGUGGAGAUCCGGUGUGAAUGUCCUCAAGCGAAAUUCAGUCCGAUUAGCUGAAGUAUGGUUAGAUGAUUAUAAACAUUAUUAUUAUGAACGGAUUAAUAAUCAACUGGGUGAUUUUGGUGAUAUAUCGGAGCGUAAAAAAUUACGCGAAAGGCUUGGAUGUAAAACGUUCAAAUGGUAUCUGGAUAACAUUUUCCCUGAAUUGUUUGUCCCAGGAGAGUCUAUAGCUAAGGGAGAGCGUCACCGCAUGCGUGAGGCAUACACCGUAUUUGGUCCGACUGAUCCAUUCAUCCACUUUGCUAUUGGUCGAAUCAGUGAACUGACCAAUAGCGAAGUAAAUGAAAUGGGUCAAGCUGGUCAGGUGCGAAAUCUGGGCGGUAAUUCGGAUCGUUGUCUGGACUGUGCAGUGGGUCGGCAUGAGAAGGAGAAGCCGGUGGGACUGUACGGGUGUCAUGGCCAGGGCGGCAACCAGCUACGAAAUCAAGGUGCUGCCUAUUGUUUGGAUAGCGCAGCCGAUGAGGAUUCAGCGGAAAAACCGAUCACACCAUAUCCAUGCCAUGGUCAGGGUGGAAAUCAGCUACGAAAUGCUGGCGGUGGUAAUCGUCAAUGUCUCGACUAUUCGUCACAUGGUGAAAAGAAGUUCGGUCUAUAUCAAUGUCAUAAUCAAGGAGGAAACCAGUACUGGAUGAUGUCAAAAGAUGGAGAAAUACGACGAGAUGAAACCUGCGUGGAUUAUGCUGGACAAGAUGUUAUGACAGGUAGAGUGUUCCACGCUGUAUCGCAAAAGUGUCUGGAAAUGACCAAAGAUGGUGCGAAGUUGAAAAUGGAGCCGUGCAACGCCUCGAACAAAUUUCAACAAUGGAAGUUCAAAGAAUACAACGCAGAAAAAGCGAAAACAUACGGUGUUGUCAUACCGUAAACAUCUUGCACA